AAUCUUUAAAGCAUAAAAAAUAUAUGAUUUAAGCACAAUAUCCACAAAUUGCUCCCCCUCAAUGAAAUAUGAUGGGAAUCAAGACGACAGCAUAUCUACCACGUCAUGUGAUCCAUUACACACCCAAGGAGGUCCAGUCACGCGAGCUAGAGCUAAGAAGAUGCGUGAAGCUUUAAAUGGCCUUAUUGAGCAGAUCUGGGUUGCAAACAACAUACAACAAGCAAAUCAAAACUUGGAUGAUUAUCAAGGCAUGAUAAACAUCAUUCAGGUUCAAGAGAAGCUUAAUUGAGGUCAUUUGUGCUAAAUUACACAGUUUGAGUCAAUCUCGCAAUUCUAUCGCAAUUUGUAACAAACUGAUAUUUCAUGU